GCAACUCAACUCAAAUUUGUACCUUUCAAUUUUUCAAGCUCGAAUGUUUUGUACGUAAUUCUUAGUUUAGCAUCCUAAAUUUCAGUACGUUAGUUGAAAAGUAUAAGUAGAGAUGGCACCGUAUCCAAACGGCUUUUUAAGUUACGCGGUGGCUAUACAUCUUAAAUCCCCGCACCUCCAAAUGGAGGAGUCACUGCGUCAGGGAGCGGGGUACUGGAAUGCAUUGAGUUCGCGAGAAAAGAAUCAGUAUCGAUCGAAAUACCAGAAACGGUGUCUCAGCAAAAGCUCCACUUCGCGUCAUCGGCGUCAAUCGGAGAAACUCAAACAUAUGGGAUGCGGCCGCAAGAAAAUAGUGCCCAAGUGUUCCCGAAAGCCCACGACUCCGGCCUGCAAGCCAAGGAGCGUCAAUAGGUGUCCCCGGAAAAGCAGCUCCAACCGCUCGAGUCGUGAAUGCAUGCUGAUGAAGUCACCAAAAGGCAAGCUCAUAUUUGCAUUCGAAUCGAAGAGAACAGUAAAACAGUGUCAAAUAUUUCUGGGUGAACUUUCCGAGUACAAAUAGGUCAAAGUUGAUUUUGUCGUAAGACAAUUGCUAAACUGAACUGCCUAUAAAUUUCAAGUCUCAAAAUGUCCCUCAAUUGCCCGGUUCAUAAUAAGAACUCCAGUGGCUUAAACAUUACCAGGUCCGCAACCUCGGAUGACGUCAAGAUCGCCAUGUGCGCCUGCUUGGAAUUGGCCAACUGUCGGGCCGAAAACUGUCAGCUGAAGAAGAAACUGACCGAAUAUGAGGCCAAGAUCUGCAGUCUCGAACAACUGGUGGCCACCAUUGCGGAGGAGCAGAACCAGAUUCGCCAAGAAGUGAUCGAGUUGCGCAAUGAGACUCAGGGUGCAACGAUGGAAGCCGCCAACGAGGUGGAUCCUUUGGACAACUCAUUCGUGAACCCGCAAGAGGAAAUGGACGAUGAGGAAGGAUACGAUCCGGAUUCAGAAUCCGAGUACAAUGCUAUCCAGUCCCCCAAUCCCUCAAUACAUUCUUCGAUGGUCUCGCUGGUUCGCUCAUUGAGUUUUUCAUCCACCAGCUCAGAUUCUGAUUGCAUUGUAUACAGCGAUAAUGAGGAUUUCUAAGAAACCCAUCUCAUUCCAAUCGCAUCUUCUCAACAAGUUCCGUUCGCGAACUUUGAUACCACACGAUAUGAGUAAACGACAAUGUUAAAAU